AUGUCUCCCAGCACACUGGCCAGCCUCACCAGCACGAGCAGCACGAGCCCGGCAGACUCCGCGUUCACAAGCAAGUGUACGAGCGAUGAUGGACUCACCGGAGUGCCUAUCGCCGGGCGCGGGCCCGUCGACGCAGGCCAUCGCACGCAGGUGCCCAUCGCUGUAGUAGGCAUGGGAUGUCGGCUGCCGGGCCACAGCAACUCGCCAACGCAGCUCUGGGAGUUUUUGCAGCGUGGUGGGGUUGCUAAGAACGAGCCACCGGCCUCGAGAUUUAGUCUCGGCGGCCACUACGACGGCACUCGGCGGCCGAGGACGAUGAAGUCACCGGGCGGCAUGUUCCUCGAGGACGUGGACGUGGCUGAGUUUGACGGCCAGUUUUUCAACAUCAGCCGGGUCGACUGCAUCGCUAUGGAUCCGCAGCAGCGUCAGAUUCUCGAGGUGGCGUAUGAGUGCCUCGAAAGCGCCGGCAUCAGUCUCCAAAAGCUGAGCGGCACCACAACGGGUGUCAUUGUUGGCACCAACUUUAUCGACUACGGGGCGAUUCAAAACCGGGACCCUGAAGACCGGGCGGAUUCCAUCACGAUCGGGUUAGCGUCGUCGAUCCUGAGCAACCGAGUCAGCCACUUUCUCAACGUCAACGGCCCGAGCAUGACGAUCGACACAGCAUGCUCGGCGAGCUUGGUCUCUGUGGACGUAGCGUGCCGCUACCUCGACAGCUUCCAGGCCGACGGCAUGAUCGUGGGCGGCGCCAACCUCUGGCUCACGCCGGAGCACAACCAGGAGGUGGGCAUGAUGAACAUGACGCAGUCCGGCUCAGGGCGAUGCCACAGCUUCGACGCCAAGGGCGACGGCUACGUCAAGGCUGAGGGCAUCAACGUGGUGUACCUCAAGCGUUUGGAUGACGCCAUCCGCGACGGCGAUCCGAUCCGCGCUGUGCUUCGUGGCACAGCCGCCAACGCAUCAGGCCGCACGGCUGGCUUGGCUAACCCUAGUCCGGACAUGCAGGCCGCGGUGACGAGGACGGCGUACAGGAACGCCGGGAUCGACGAUUUCCUUGCUACGCAGUUCCUCGAGUGCCAUGGCACCGGCACGCUUGCGGGAGACCCUGUCGAGGUGCAGGGCGCAGCGUCCGUGUUCUCGGCCGGCCGCAAGCCCGGUCAGGAGCUUGUGAUUGGGUCCAUCAAGAGCAACAUUGGCCACUCGGAGGCUGCGGCGGGUAUCUCGGGCCUCCUCAAGGCUAUCAUGGCCGUCGAGCGUGGUAUUAUUCCCGGAAACCCGACGUUUAUUACUCCGAACCCCAAGAUCGACUGGAAGACGUCGAUGGUCCGGGCCACGAGGACGUCCAUCAAGUGGCCGGGUAGUGGCCCGUUGUCGUCACCAAUCCGCCGUGCCAGCGUAAACUCGUUUGGUUUCGGCGGUGCCAAUGCCCACGCGGUUGUCGAGAAUUAUUAUUCUGUCGACGCCCUGAACCACGUGUCGUCGUACAAGCAAAUUACCACCAAUUUCUUUGACGAUGAUGACGAAGACAGCGAUGACGACAAUGAUGACAAGGAGGGCGGGUUUGCCAGACCCAUGGUGCUGGUGCUUUCGGCUAACAGCCAAACAUCGCUCAAGGCCAACGCGCGAGCGCUAUCGUCCCACCUCCUGAACCCCAUGGUCUCUGUCGAGAGGGCCGACCUGGCGUACACACUAUCGGAAAGGAGGAGCCGACAUUACUACCGCGGAUUCGUCGUCUCGCGGUCCGCUAACCCCAAGGGCAGCAUUGGCGAAGAGGCGCUCGUUACGGGUAAGCAAGCCUCGUCGCAGCCCAAGAUCGGCUUCGUUUUCACGGGCCAGGGCGCGCAGUGGCCCCAGAUGGGUGCCGAGCUUGUCAGCUCAUUUCCGCGUGCCAAGCGCACCAUCGAAGACCUCGACGAGGUGCUGCAGGCGCUCCCAGAACCGCCCAGCUGGACGCUCCUGGAAGAGCUAACGGCGGUCCGCACCCCUGAGGCGCUACGCCAGCCCGAGUUCUCGCAACCGCUGGUGACGGCGCUGCAGCUCGCACAGCUGGACGUGCUCAACAGCUGGGGCAUCCGGCCGGUUGCCGUCGUUGGCCACUCGUCGGGUGAGAUCGCCGCAGCGGCCGCGGCCGGGCUCAUGACGUAUGGCGAUGCUAUCAAGACGGCGUACUACCGCGGCAAGGCGGCCAAGUUAGCCAAGGAGGCCACGACGGCGGCCAAGGAAGCCGAGCCGGUCGGUAUGCUUGCUGUCGGUAUCGGUGCCGACGCUGUCGAGCCCUUCCUCCGCCCGGAUGAGGGAAAAGUCCAGAUCGCGUGCUACAACAGCCCCAGCAGUCUGACUAUGUCCGGCACUGCGGCGGCGCUCGGUAAGCUCUGUAGCCGGCUGAAGGAGGCGGGCCACUUUGCCAGGAUGCUGCUCGUCGACCUUGCCUACCAUUCCGAUUACAUGGCUGAGAUCGGAGACGUGUACGAGCAGCUACUGCUACGGGACGAGGACCUCUUCCGGCACCCUAACCCUGACACCACUAAUACCACCAUCGAUACCACAAGCACCGGCGUGCGCAUGUUCAGCUCUGUGACCGGCGGCCUGCUGCCGCCAAGCGAUCGGCCCGACGCAGUGUACUGGAAAACCAACAUGGUGUCGCCGGUCAAGUUUGACCACGCGGCAUCGGCCCUGCUCAGGGACGCAGACCAUGGAGCCGACUUCCUCAUCGAGCUCGGCCCUAGCAACGCUCUCGCCGGCCCCGUUGGGCAAAUCAAGAAGAACAUCGGAGGUUCUACAGACACACCCUACACAUCGGUUCUCAAGCGCGGUGCCGACUCGACGCUGGCCAUGUACGAUGCAGCCGGCCGUCUGUUCUUGGCGGGCGGUGAUGUCGACUUGGCAUCUGUCAACGAGGUAAGCCAGCGGAACGCCAAGGUGAUUGUCGACCUCCCCGGCUACGCUUGGGACCACUCGGUGCGCUAUUGGCACGAGACGCGGGCCAGCUCCGACUGGCGGUUCAAGAAGUUUAUCAACCACGACCUCCUUGGCUCCAAGGUGCCCGGCACCCCUUGGCAGACACCGCUGUUCAAGAAGGUGCUGCGUGUGGCCGACGUGCCCUGGCUGCGCGACCACAAGCUCGGCAGCGACAUUGUGUUCCCGGCUGCCGCAUACGUGGCUAUGGCUGUGGAGGCUGCGUUCCAGACCGCCAUGGUCACACAGUGGAGCGAGCAGAUACCAGCCCGGCACCGCUUCCGGCUGCGCGAUGUUAAGCUCCUCCGUGCGCUCGUGCUGGACGAGGCUGUCGAGACCCGGCUCACACUGUCCCUCAGCCCCAUCCGGGGUGGCUCGACCAGGUCCUGGUUCGAAUUCCAGGUGUGCUCGCAGCAGGACGGCCUCCCCGUUGACCCUGUGCACAGCACCGGCCGUGUCUGCGUCGAGACCGACUACGAGGAUACGCCGGCAACCGCCGAGGAGGUCGCCCCUCUGCAGCUGGCUACAUCUGCCCAAAUCUGGUAUAAGGCCCUAGCAGACCUAGGCUACAAGUUCGGCCCGUAUUUCCAGAAGCAUAAGAUGGUCGAGGUCACCAUCGGCCAACGCAAGAGCCGAUCGAUCGUCGACCUCGAGGCUCCGCCGUCGCACCCCGGCGGACAGUCUACCUACCCGCUGCAUCCGGCUGUCAUGGACUCUUGCUUCCAGGCCGCGUCGCCUGCCCUGUGGAAGGGCGACCUUCCUAGCCCGGGUGCUGCGGUGCUCGUGCCCAAGCUGAUCGAUACUAUUGUUAUUGAGGGGUAUAACCCUCAGCUCCCUGCUGAGGGCGUGGCGCUUGCGUCGGCGAGCUUCCUCGGUGUCGGUAGCCCCGAGAACCCGCGAAACUAUGCGACCAAUGUCAGAGUCCACAAUCCUCUCGACGGUGGCUUCCUUUUCGAGAUGCGUGGCUUGUCCUCGGGCGAGAUGCAGACGGCCGACAACGACGACGGUAACGACGGGAAGACCAGCCACACGUUCACCCGCCUGACGUGGAACGCUGAUGUCGACCUCUUGAUGUCCAGGACCGACGACGCUGUUGCGCGUGACUGGUUCCAGACCAAGACUGCGGCCGACCUGGUGGACGCUGUAGCACACAAGACCCCUGGCCUCAAUGUGCUGGAGCUCAACCUGGACGUGACCGAUGCGUCCAGCCUGUGGAUGACGAGCGAUGGCCAUCCGAACCCGGUUCGGGCCGCGGCUUCGCAGUACCACCUCGCUGUCCGUGAGGCCAAGGUCUUGAUCCAGGCCCAGGAGCAGCUAUCUUCCCGCACACCGAGCCCACAAUUCCACCUCGCGAGCGCUUCCAAGCCGGCGUCCGUAGCGGCCGACACCAAGUUCGACUUGGUCAUUGUCAAGGGCGGUCCCGAGGCCGGCGGCGUGGAUGAGGAAGGGCUCCUGACAAGCCUGACCGAGUCGGUCCGCGAAGGCGGCUUCAUCGUGACCAGCAGCUUGGGGUUCGACGAAUCUGGACUGGGCCGCCUUGGGAAGCACUUUGCUCUCGCCGGCAAGAACACGACCAUCUGCCAGGUCAAGGCCGCUGCGACUGCAACCACGGAAGGCACCACACCAGACAGCGAGCCACGCCCAACCAUCGUCCACGUUAGCUUGUUCGGGUCAGAAAUCCAGGCCCAGCACGAGCAAGCUACAUCCAACAUACUAGCCGCCGUCUCGGCCAGAAACCAGUGGGACAUCAAGACACUAGCUAACCCCGUCGAGGAGAUCACGUCCGAGGAGACGGUCGUCGUGGUCCUCGACGAGCUCUUCGCCCCUGUCAUGGACACCCUCGAUGCACGCCAGUGGGACAUCCUCAAGCACAUCACAGGCCGGCGCUGCCGCCUCUUGUGGCUCACCGCCGGCGCCCAGCUCGAGGUCGAGCACCCUCUACGGGCCGCCAUCGUCGGCCUGCUGCGUACCAUCCGCGCCGAAGAGCAGCUGCACCUCUCGACCCUCGACCUCCCAAGCACGUCGUCCACUGAGGCUACCGCUUCGGCCCUCUCAGCUGUACUAGAGAGGGUCCUGCUCCCCUCGGGCCCCUCAACCGCGACGGACUACGAGUUCGCCUCGCGCAACGGCAUCCUCCAUACGGCGCGUGUUCUCCCUGACGUAGCGCUCACGCAGCUCCAGGGCAGCGACAACGUGGCCACGGCGGACCUGCACGCUUCCGACACCCUCGUGCAGCUGCGGUGCGAGCGCCUGGGGAAUGUCGACUCGGUACACUUUGCCGAGGCGGAGACCGAAGUCGCUACGCUGGCCGACGACGCCGUCGAGGUCGAGUUGUACGCGGCCGGGCUGAAUUACAAGGACGUUGUCGUCACCAUGGGCAUCGUGCCCGGCGACGAAACCCAGCUCGGCCAUGAGGCCGCCGGCAUUGUGAGGCGUGUGGGCAAGGCUGUGACUAACUAUUCCGUUGGAGAGAGGGUUGUGGUGUUCGGCAAAGGGACCUUUGCCAACCGCGUGAGGACGACUCCCGCGAGGAUGCAUCGGAUUCCCGACAGCAUGUCAUUCGAGGAGGCCGCAACCAUGUCCGUGGUGUACCUCACCAGCCUAUACUCGCUGUUCGACGUCGGCAAGUUGUCUGCCGGUAAGCGCGUGCUCAUCCACUCGGCCGCCGGCGGCGUCGGCAUCGCGGCCAUUCAACUCGCGCGGUCCGUUGGGGCCGACGUGUUUGCCACAGUCGGCACACCCGAGAAGAGAGAGUUCCUCCGGUCCAUCUUCGGCCUGGGCGACGAUCGGGUGUUCAACUCGCGCAACACCGACUUUGGCGAUCAGAUCCUGGCCGCUACGGCCGGCGAGGGCGUCGACGUGGUCCUCAACUCGCUAACGGGAGACAUGUUGGCCGAGUCGUUCCGCAUCCUACGCGACAACGGCAUCAUGGUCGAGAUCGGCAAGCGAGACAUUCUCGACCGCAACGACCUCCCCAUGGCCCCCUUCGACCGCAACAUCUCGUUCCGCGCCGUUGACUUCUCCCCCGAGCGUGCCCCGGACGCCUUGGUGUCCCGCCUCUUCUCUAAGCUCUUUGCCCUCCUCGAAUGGGGUCAUAUCAAACCCAUCAACCCCAUCCACCGUUAUUCGUGGACUGAUAUCCCGGCUGCCAUCCGUUUUCUGCGUGCCGGUAAGCACAUUGGCAAGAUUGUCCUAUCCGACGGGGGCGCCGAGGCCAAGAUCCAAGUUCCCAUUCGGAAAGCUCCUAAGCAACUCACUCUCCGAGACGACGGCAGUUACCUGAUUGUUGGAGGUCUCCGUGGCCUUUGCGGCUCGCUCGCCAUUUACCUGGCCAAGUCAGGGGCCAAGCACCUAGCCGUCAUGUCGCGCAGCGGGUACAAUGACGACAAGUCCCGCUACGUCGUGAAACAGGUCACCGCUCUCGGCGCCCACAUCGAUCUCCUGACCGCCGACGUAACCAAUGCCGCACAGGUCGACGCCGCUUUCCGCCAGACCAAGGUCCCUAUUACCGGUAUCAUCCAAGGCGCCAUGGUACUUCGGGACCGACCGUUCGACUCGAUGACACUCACCGAGUACCACGAGGCAUUUGCCUGCAAGGUGCAAGGCACCUGGAACCUGCACAACACUGCCGAUGCCCUCGGUCUCCAGCUCGACUUCUUCACCCUCCUCUCCAGCAUCUCGGGCGUAGUCGGCAACCGCGGCCAGGCUAAUUACGCAGCCGCCAACACCUUCCUUGACGCCUUUGCCGAAUACCGCCGUGCCCGCGGCCAGGCUGCUUGCUCGGUCGACCUAGGCGUCAUCGAAGAUGCCGGUGUCAUCGCCGAGAACUCCAAGCUUCACGAGCAGUUCGACCCUCGCGUAUUCAAGGGUAUUAACGACGGUCUGCUGCGUAGGAUUUUAUGUCUCUCUCUUCUCCAGCAACAGGACGGCACGGCCAGCCAAGCGCAUGCGCAGAUCAUCACAGGCUUGAUCGCUUCCCAGCCGGCCGACUCUCUCCUCGCAGGCGACGCCCGGUUUUCAGCCCUCUUCAACAGCGCCCAGGAGGGCGGGGGCAACAAAGUCGGAGGAGGAGGAGGCGAUGCCGACGUGCAGGCGCUCCUAGUCCUGCUGCAGAGCAAGUCGGCCGAUCCCGCCGCACGCCUCAAAGCCACCGUCGAGGUCGUCAACGGCUGCUUCGUGCGCAUGCUGCGACUCGCUGAGCCCAUGGACCCAGCCCGCCCCCUAUCCGUCUACGGCAUCGACUCGCUGGCCGCAGUCGAGGUCCGCAACUGGGUGCGCGCCCAGCUCGGUGCGUUUGUGACUACCUUGGAUAUUAUGAACGCCGCGAGCUUGACUGCGUUUUGCGACAAGAUUAUCGCAAAAGUGGCCGUGUCCGAGAGCUGA